AUGAACAACCAAUCGGAAGAAUCUGCGGAGGAGAUUCUGCAGAGUGUUGCGUCGGAAAUUGAUUCUGCUGAAGCAGCUGAGGUGGAACAGCUUGCAGAGCGAGCAGCAGCGGCUAAUGCCAGCAACAUUGCAGCAGGGGAUAGCGAGGACGAGGAGUCUGGAAAAGCGGCUCACAACUCCUCAGCAGCCGUGUUGGAGAUUUCUCAGGGCUCGAGCGACUUUUCGCAGCAGAGAAUGGAGAGUGGACAGGGCUCAGAAAGUCCUCAAGUAGCAGCGGCGGCUGGUGUUUCUGCGAUAGCAGCUAGAUCACCGGAUGGGGCUCGCGAACCACAGCGAGCGCGAGCGGCUACCAUGCCCGGCGCACAGAGUCCAGCGAGAGGCCAGGGUCAGGAGCUGACUGGUGAUCCAGGGCCCGGAUCCGGUCUACAGGUGGUGGGUGUGGAUGCCAAUGUAGCUGCACCGUCCUUCUUCGAGAGACUGUCGGAUGCGACAAGCUGGAGCAUCACUAAGGCCAGGCUCUUGAAGCAGCAGACCCUGGAAACAUUAGGCUCAGCGACGCGAACAACAGACACCAAGCUCUCGGACCGCCUCAUCACACUGAUGGCACAGCGCGAGAAAUACAAUGCGUUGCUCAAGGUGGCGCUGCGGCUCUGCGCGCAGGUGCGCGACAUCAAGACGACGCAGCGGGAGCUGGCCAAUGUGCUGGGGACGUUCAGCGCGCGCUCCGAGGAGCUGGGCAAGGAGGUGGAGACGAAUGCAAGCACGCAGCGCCUGCUGGCACGUAACGGCGACGUGCUGUACGAAGCCCUGAGCACGUUCUGUGCCAACCUUACCCACCUGCUCAACACAGCAAUGGAGGACACGUUCAAGCAGCUGAAGAUCUACCAGUCGGCGCGCCUCGAGUUCGACGCCUAUCGCAACGGAGAGGCGAGCGCCCGUGCCUCCGCCGAGGCCAGUCCGUCCGACGAGUCGCGAAAGAUACGUCUCGAGCGCAAGGUGCAGGAGCUGGACGAACGGAAGCGGCGCUUUGAAUCGCUGCGCAAGGAUCUCACCGUUCGCGUUCACUUCCUAGAGCAGAAUCAGCUGAAGGUAAUGACGAGGCAGCUGACGCUGCUGCACAACGCCUCCUGCGCCUACUUCACCGGCAACUCUGAGCAGCUGGAGAAGUGCAUACGCCAGUUCCACAUCAAGAUGCCGCAGCAUCUCGGUCAGGAUGCCACCGCGGUCUCGCCGUCAGCAUCUGCCGCUGCCGCCACCGCUGUGUCAGCGUCUGCAAGUACGUCAGCAUCGUUGGAACCACUGCCGUUUCCCACCCCCACGGAGUUAGGUACACCGAGUGAUGCGCUUAGUGCACUCUUGACAAGCCAGCUCACCACCGCGGAUAAUGGUGAUAGCCGCGAGAAUGGGGAUGACGGUGAGGGCGCGUAG